AUGUCAUCAUCAAGUACCACUUCUUCUUCCACAACAACACAAACAACACAAUAUUUUCCAAAUCCACAAAAACGGCAAUACUAUCUCAAUACCUAUUUCAUACAGCCAAAAAAAACAAUUCCUUCUUGCAACAAGUGUCAGAGCAAUGAAUUUGUCAUUCCGAGUGUGAGAGGAAAACCAGCAUCUUCAUUAUUACAAGAUGCAGAAGAAGGAUAUGUGUAUUUGAGUGGAUGCUGCUCUUCUGCAGAUGGAUAUUGUGUCAAGUGUAAACAGGUAAUUAACGAAAGAAGAUAA